UUGGAGGAGCAGAAAAAAACCACAAGGCCCAACUGACAGUGUUUCACCUCACAUCAUCUCUGCUCCAACUAAACACAAUUAUCUUCAGGUUCAAUAGAGGACACAUCAGAAUCAUCAUAGACAUGUCCCUAGGCUUUGUGGUCAUUCUUUAUUCACUUUAUUUAAUGUCCGUGGCAGGGCAGAAAUUGGACCAGGAGAUAUCAUGGACUAGGACACAGGGACAGGCUGUCUCCUUCAGCUGCAAAGAUACUUACCAGUGUACAACGUUUGUCUACUGGUACCAGAAGAAGGAGGGAGAACCUUUUACCUUGAUUCUUGACAUCCAAAAGGAUAACUGCGCUGUCGAUGCAAGUUACAACCAUCCUCAAAAAGAUGACUUCUCAGCAACAAGUAUGAAUAACAACUGUGAUCUAAAAAUCCAGUCUGUUAAAGUCUCCCAUUCUGCCACCUACUACUGUGCCUGCUGGAACACUGUGUAUGGAUUUGUAUUUGGCUCUGGCACAAGACUUUAUGUGACAGACAACAAGCAUGUACAAAAACCCAAAGUGACGGUCUACCCAGCGUCCAACCCUGAGCCGAAUGGGAAGACCACCCUGCUAUGUCUGGCAAGAGACAUGUUUCCAGACUUAGUCAAGAUCUCAUGGAAGAUGGAGGAUGAAUACAGCAGAACAAUGGAGGUGGCCAAAGCAGAGACGGAACAGCUGGAGCAGAGGGAGGAAGGACAGACGACCAGUAUGAUCAUCAUUGAUAAAGAGAAGAUGUACAGGAACAAAUACAUCUGUUCUGUGGAGCAUGAAUGGGGCAUUCAAGAUGUUGACAUACCAAGGGAUUCCUUCCCCUUCAUGUGCAGUCUGAACCUGGCCUCUCUGGUUUAUACAGUGAUGAUAGUAAAGAGCAUGGUGUACUGCUGUGGGCUCUCUCUCCUGCUGCACCACAGGAACAUGGGGAAGUGGACACAACACCUGUAGAAAGGCUACCACCCAGUAUGGAUAAAGAUGUAGUAGGCUGGGAGUAACAUGGAUUUUACAUCCUAUUGAGGUCUAACAUCUCAAUUGUUGGCCUAUUGCCUUAAUUUUUUUAACUUUAUUUUUCAGAUGCUAAAAUAUUGUGAGCCAUAGAUUUCCAUGUCUUCCGAUAACUUAAAAGGACAAUUAUGACAUUAAUUGCAGAACAUUUCAUGUAAAUUGUGUUUCAUUGCUUAAAAUAAAAAUUAAGCCUAAUAUUGCAUUUUUUUAUAACUGU